AUGGUUGAUGCUGUCAAAGUUCUAAUAACAGCUCCAACUCGGCCAGAGGCCUAUGACUUGGUCCUCUUCAUAGGUCAGGGGAAGAUGUUUGGAGAGGAUCAACCUGUCGUGAUUACUCUCUACGACCCGUUUGCUCAGGAUUCGCAAUUACAGACGCUCGUUAAUGGGGCCUUAGAUAGUGCGUUAGAACCCUUAGAAGGUAUUUUUGCGACCAAUAAUCCAGAUCAAGCAUUCGAGAAUGUCGAUGUGGCUAUCUUAUUAGACACAAUCGAGGCAGUUACCUAUGCUCACAAAAACGAGAGGCUAAAACAAUGCUGGCAGGUUUACAGACGUCAUGGUGAAUAUCUCGACAAGUACGGCAAGCAAUCAACCAAAAUCAUAGUCACCGGUGACCCAGUUAACACAAACGCCUACGUUUUGAACGCUGUUAAAAAUGUCCUCAUCUGGGGAAAUGCAGGAUCUAGCGCUUUCGUCGACAUUACUCAUUCCACAGUACGAAUGGAAAAUGGUACAUUCAAACCUGCAACAGAGUUGCUCAACGAUGAACACUGGAUGAAGCACAUACUCCAGCCAUAUGUUCAGAGUAGGAGUUCUGAGUGUGUUUCUGCAGAGUCAAUCGCCAUUUUGAAAGCUAAAGCCGUUAUUGAUCAUGUCAACGACCUUUGGUUUGGAACAGAUGAGAACUGGACGUCAAUGGUGGUACGUAGCGACGGUGAAUAUGGCGCGCCGGUGAGUUUUUUCUCUGGAUAUCCGGUCAUUGUCCCAGAACCCAGGAGAAAUCCCAGAAUCGUAUCAGGUCUGACAUUUGAGGAUUGGGGUGAAUCCCAGUUUGAAAGAGCAGCUCACGAAAUGGCUGAUUAUGAAAAACGCAUCCUACAGCUCUGUGAAUGUGGAGAAACCACCACUGAUGGCUUGUAG